AUGACUAUUUCUCAAGAAACACCACGUGUUUCUAGUUUAAUCCCUAGUUUGAACCAAGUCUUGGUUUCAAACUCAGAUGCUGUUUUUAGUUACAAGAUCUUCUCAGAACCCAAUUUAUUAGAAUCCGGUUUAAAAGAAGCUGCUGCCGCGAACGGUGUUUUCUACAAGAGCUUAGAGGCAAGACGAGGUGCUGCUUUAGCUCCAUUGGGUUACGCAGAGGAAUCUAACUCAAGAUUAACAACCAUCGUCGUACCUUCCUAUGCUUCCCCUGAUCUUCUAUCCACUUUUGCAGAAAAAUAUAAUAAUAACAAAAAUUUCUUAUUUUCUGUUGCAGCUUUAGGCUAUGACUCAAAUAAUGGAGUCAUCUCUAAUAAUUAUGUUGACGCUUUUGAUACUGCAUCUAGACUGGGUUCUGUAUUAAUUACCCCAAUUAACUAUAAGGAAUUAUCAACGGUCUCUAAAUUUGCUACUGUUGUGGGGAAAUUUGUAGAUGAUAUUAAAUUAACAACUCUAUUAUAUGAUGGUACAAGUUAUACCAGAUCACAGUUUUCCACUGUACUUGAACCAGCUCAACUUGCCAAUAUUCAAGAGCCAAUAAGCUUUCAAGAUGCAUUAACAAGUUUUAACUUGUCUGAGUUUGAAUAUUUGGGUGACUCUACCCCUGAAAUAUUAUUUGUUACCUAUGGUUCUUUAGAAUCUGAACUAUUCACUUCAGUGAUGCAGCAGAGUCAAACUAAAAAAAUUGGUUUAAUUAGUGUUAGAAUUCCAUUACCAUUUAAUUAUGAAAAAUUUGUCUCUCUAAUCCCAUCUUCUGUAAAGAAAGUAGUUGUUGUCUCUCAAUCAAGAAACACUAAUAUCCCAUCGUCUGGCUUAUUAAAUGAUCAUAUUUCUAUUGCCCUGUUUAGAUAUUUGAAAUCUACUGGUGCUUUAAAAUUACCAAAAAUUGAAAAUUUCAGCUUUGAUACUUCUUUUGUUUGGUCUACAAACGUGGUAAUCAAAAUAAUUUCCUCGUUUAUCUCUGAUUUUACUUUCAAUGGUCAACAGACAGAUUCAAAGUCGUAUUCUUUCUGGUCAGCAGACAAUAAUAAACUUUUCUCUACUCCAGCAAGUUUAGUAAACUCCAUUGCAGAAAGUUCGGCAGACUUAGAAUCCGUUAUCAGAGAAAAAUAUGAUAAUGUUACUGGUUCAGGUAUUUACCAAGCUCAAUGGACUGUUACUACCAAUCGUGAUUUGUUAUUACCAAUAUCAAAUCUGGAUUCUGUUGAUCUAUCUAUUGUCACUGAUUUACACAUCUUAAAUUAUUACGAUAUCACUUCUCAGCUCAAUGAAAAUGGUGUCAUUGUUAUAUCCUUACCAAUUAGUGAAGAUGAUUAUAAGGUCUUAGAUUUUACAAAGCAAGAAACUUUCACCGAUGUUUUGAAGAUUCCGACUACAUUCUUGACCAAUAUCAAAGAAAAAUCGUUAAAUUUAGUUAUUGUUAACUCAAAUAAGGAGGCAUUAGAUAAUGAUAUUAUUACCAAGGGUAUCUUCUGGAAGUACUCCUUUAAUUAUACUGUAGCUCAAUCUGUUAAACUAAUUGGUGCUACUCUCGGUGACUCGAUGAUUGCUUCUGAUAUUUUCUCUGUCCUAAAGGAGGCUCUAGAAACUGAUGUUUGGGAAAUUAAUGCAACUGCUAUUCCAUUAAUUAAGAAACCACAAGAUGACGGUUCUACUGUUCAAAAUCAAGAUGAAGAUCUGGAAAUGAAAGAUACUUAUUUGGAAGCUCCAGCUUUAUUGGCCACUUUCAAUGAAACUUCCUUUAGACCAAAUGAAUAUCAUGUUAGUAAUUCUAGUGGAGAAAUUAAUCAAAUUUCUACCAGUAGUAUUGCAGAAAUCUCAAAGAGAUUGACUUUCAGAGAAGCUUAUGGCACCACUACUGAGUUGAGACCAGAUUUAUCAAUGAAAACUUUUGUCAUUAAGGUUAAGGAAAAUAGACGUGUUACCCCAGAGGAUUAUGACCGUUAUAUCUUUAACAUUGAAUUCGAUAUUAAAGGUACAGGUUUAAAAUACGAUAUUGGUGAAGCAUUAGGUAUUCAUGCUAGAAAUGAUUCUGCCAAGGUUAAUGAAUUUUUAGCUUAUUAUGGUCUUGAUCCAAAGGAAAUUGUUCUUGUCCCAAAUAAAGAUGAUAAUUCCAUUCUUGAAGCUAGAACUGUUUUCCAAGCAUUUGUCGAGAAUUUAGAUAUCUUUGGUAAACCCCCAAAGAAAUUCUAUGAGGCUUUAAUUCCAUUUGCCCAAGAUGAAAAGGACAAAGAUAAGUUAACAAACUUAAUAUCUCCUGCUGGCGCUUCAGAAUUAAAGGUAUAUCAAGAUGAAGAAUUCUUUACAUAUGCAGAUAUUUUUGAAGAAUUCCCAUCAGUUAGACCUGCUGUAACAGACUUAGUUUCGUUGAUUGCCCCACUAAAGAGAAGAGAAUAUUCCAUUGCCUCUUCUCAAAAAGUUCAUCCAAAUGAAAUUCAUUUGUUGAUUGUUGUCGUUGAUUGGGUUGAUAAACGUGGUAGAAAGAGAUUUGGUCAAGCUUCUAAAUACAUAUCAGAAUUACCAGUUGGUGCUGAAUUAGUUGUUAGUGUGAAACCUUCUGUUAUGAAAUUACCUCAAUCACCAUUACAACCAGUUAUAAUGAGUGGUUUGGGUACCGGUUUAGCUCCAUUCAAGGCUAUUGUGGAAGAAAAAAUGUGGCAGAAGCAACAAGGUAUGGAUAUUGGCGAAGUGUACUUAUUUUUAGGUUCCAGACAUAAGAGAGAAGAAUAUCUGUAUGGUGAAUUGUGGGAAGCAUACAAGGAUGCUGGUAUUAUUACACAUAUCGGUGCAGCUUUCUCAAGAGAUCAGGAUUAUAAGAUCUAUAUCCAAGAUCGCAUUAAGGAAGUUCUUUCUGACCUAAAAGAGGCUAUGAUUGCUAAACAAGGUACGUUCUACUUAUGUGGUCCAACUUGGCCAGUUCCUGAUAUCACCAAUGCUUUGAAGGACAUCGUGGAAAUGGACGCUAAAGAAAAGGGUAUUAAGAUAGAUUUAGCAGCUGCUAUUGAAGACUUGAAGGAGACUUCAAGAUAUAUCUUAGAAGUUUAUUAG